AUUUCUGCGACGCAACCGGUUUUUCUUGAGGCCGCCUCCGUACGGCGACAAGUGCGCCGACGUCCUGAACGCUGUCGACACCGCCACCGAGCGGGCAGAACCGUCGCCGUGUAGCGCUGGCCCGAAUGGCAGCCAACAUCCGCAGCCGGCAUCCGAUCGACACGUGAGCCGCAGUGCCAAGGACUCUCCAGCGAGGAGUAAACACAGCGAGCGAAAAGGGAACCCUGCUUCGCCCGUCGAUGCCUCGAAGCGAUACUAGCAUAAACAAUCCCACGAUGCUUCGGUUAUUAAUCAUCGGCCUCGCUGUGGUCGCCGCCAGCAGCCAAAGAUCACAAACUACCACAGAGCGCUACGAGGACACUCUCUACAAGUUCCUUGACCUUCUCGAAGAUGACGACCCAUCACGUGUGCCAGGGGCGCCCGUGUUCACAGGACCAAGAAGCACCUACAGGCCCAGUGUGCCUCGAGUGCCGCCUCCGGUUCCACCACGACGCAUAUUUAGGCCAGUCAGGCCAAUCAGGCCAAUUUUAAGCGUAUCAUCACCGGCGUUACCAGGUGGCACCAUUAGGGAUGCCAACGCAUAUAUGGACAGCAUAAUUCAGCAGAAGAUGCCGCGCCUUCUGAAAGCAUCUCCGAGGCUGUACCCAUCUGCAGUGAUUCCAUUCUUCAAGUUUAAGGUGUUGAAGACGGGCUUCACGAACCGGGACUUGAAGGUGAACAUGACAGCGGGCAUAUUCCGCGGUUUCGACACGGGAAUCCGCCGUCUGGGCGACUGCGACAAACCAUCACACGUGGGCCGCAACACUAGCGUCAGCUGCACACUGGACUUCAGCGGCAUCACGGCCAGCUUCGUCGCUGUGACCAAAGGAGACGACCUAGCUGGCACCAUCAAGGCCGUCCCCGUGAAUGUUGUGGUGCGUACCGGAGCGGCCCGAAUCGAGGCCACGGCUGCGCCGGGCAAGGAGGCCAUACUGCGCACCUUCCUCAUCGACUACGUCAACCUGGACGUCGCGCACGGAGCCAACCUGAGCCUGAACGAGGACCGCGACAGGGGUUUCAAGUACCACGUGCGCACCAACGUUGCCAGAGAACUGGAUGCGCUCUUGCACGAAGAGUACGCACCACUCCUAGGGCGAGCCAUUGCCACCACGGACCUGCCGAAGGCAGCCUGAGACACAUAUUCCCAGGGCGGCUCACUGUAACUUGCUCAAAAAUGUCGGUUGAAACUGGAAUUGCCGUUAUUACCGGUGGUUUGCCGUCACUUGAAAGGGCUCUAUAGGCGCCUUGCAAGUCGAAACUGCACAAGAAAUAUCAAGUCUUUUAGGCUGGCAAGGUACACGUGCAAGAGUUUUCGUGUUGAUUUUACGGUGAAGAAAGUGGUAAAUGUUGAAGAAAAUAUUUCGGCAAGUCUUAAUUCCUGCUUAUUCUUGUGGUCAAACAUUAUAAGCAUUUCACAGUAAGUUAGUAUGUUUCACAGUAACUUAGCUGAAGCACGAACUUCACAGUAACUUAGCUACAUUACAGUAACUGAUAUCUAAAACACAAACAUCACCUUGGAAUAUGUUACAAUAACUUUCCUUUUGUCAGAGUGCAGUUCAAAAAUCUUGUAGGAUUGUGUGACAGUUUCCUUUCAAAGACAGUCUAAUUAUUUUCCUUCAUAAAAUGUAACCUAAUAGCCAAACUAUAUACACAAACGAUGCUACUGGAAAUGGUGUCAUCAUGAAUGUUUGUUACAGGAAUGUAAUGGUUGUGUUAUCACGCCUAGUUUUGUUCGCCUUUUCUGUUUUGAGAAGGCCAGUCUAAAAAACUAUAGCCAUCUACAUUUCGGAGUACGUAACCUCGUUUUGAUACUCAUUUUCAAUCUAGACUUGAAACUUGUGGAUUUGGUUGUGCA